AUGGAGCAAGAGCAACAAGCCACAUCAAUGAACAACCAUCACUUCUUCAUCGUGUUUUUCCCUAUCCAAGGCCAUAUCAAUCCGUCGCUCCAACUAGCCAAAAACCUGGUACGUAAUGGUGCCAAAGUCACCUUAUGCACGACUAACCGCGGCCUCAAACAAAUAAAAUCUCUUCCAACUUUAAAGGGGUUGUCGUAUGCUUCCAUUUUGGAUGGUCAGGACAAUGACGAAUCCCAUACCCAGAAAGAUUUUUUAAGCUCCAUGGCCGACUUGAGGAGCAUAGGGCCCCAAAAUCUCAGCAAUCUUCUGCAAAAGUUUCUGGCCGAUGGGGAACCAGUCACCCUUUUAGUUUACAGCGUAAUCCUUCCUUGGGCUGCAGGGGUGGCACGUGACCUUCAGGUACCAUCUGCUUUUCUUUUUAAUCAAUGUGCCACCGUUUUGACCAUUUAUCACCGCUUCUUGAAUAGCCAAAAUGGUAUACAUGGCGAAAGGAAUUCUUUGCUUUCCAUGGAAGUACCUGGGUUGCCAUCGUUUUCUUCAAGCGACAUACCCACCUUUCUCUUACCGGAUAAUCCAUUUAGUGGUUUCAUGAUCAAUAUGAUGCGAGAACACAUACAUGUCCUAGAGGAAGACCCCAGAUCCUUUGUUCUUGUUAAUACAUUUGAUGAAUUAGAACAAGAAUUAAUCAAAGCUAUAGCCAAUAUGAAUGUUAUUGCAGUCGGACCCUUAAUACCAUCAGCUUUCUGUGACGGAAGUGACCUAACAGACAAAUCAUUUGGUGGAGAUUUAUUCUGUCAAUCUGAAGAUUAUUUUCAGUGGUUAGACUUGAAGCCUAAUCGUUCAGUGAUCUAUGUGUCAUUUGGAAGCUUAGCAGUGUUAAAUAAAGUGCAAAAAGAAGAGAUAUUGCAUGCAUUAGUGGAAAGUGGGAGGCCUUUUCUUUGGGUCCUCAGAUCAUCAAACAGUGAAGAAGAGGAAGUGCAUAAAAUGAUGGAAAAUGGGCUGAAUGGAGAUGGGAUAAUAGUGCCAUGGUGUUCUCAAGUUGAAGUGCUAAGCCACCGGUCUAUAGGGUGUUUUGUGACACAUUGUGGAUGGAAUUCAACACUGGAAAGUAUGGUUUCUGGAGUACCAAUCAUUGGCUGCCCACAGUUCUCAGAUCAAACGACAAAUGCGAAGAUGGUGGACGAGGUUUGGGGCAUAGGUGUGAGAGCAAAAGCAAAUGGGGAAAGUAUAAUUGAAAGAGGUGAAUUCAAGAAAUGCUUGGACAUUGCUAUGGGGGAUGAAGGUAGAGGUAAAGAAAUGAGAGGAAAUGCUGGUAAAUGGAGAGGUUUGGCUAUAGAAGCUGUUAAAGAAGGGGGUUCUUCUUACAACAAUCUUAAAAAGCUUUUGGAGAUUACAGGAUAG